AUGCAUCGCCCGUCCACCACCCUACAAAACAGCGGACUGGUUUCGGUCGAACCGACCAGCCGAACGAACCCCGAUCGUCCCCGCCUCUGCCGCGAGACGAGUUGGCGCCGCGGAACGCGACGGACGCGGAAAAAAAGCGCUUAUGAUUUUUUGCGAAUUUGAUUAGGAUCUGCGGAAUUUAGCCAUCUACACAAACAUUCGCACGGCACUCGGCGUUGCGCGUGUCUCCACACCCGAUCAGGCGGUUGAUUGUGGCUGCACGAUGAAGUCGUUAAUCUUGCUCACGGCACUGCUCUCCGCCACGACAGGUAGGCGACCUUAACGCGGUUGAAUUGGCGAUGCUUUUGUGUGCUUUGUGCGGAAUGGAGCUUGUGCCAAGGGAAUUGGGUGUUGAGCUACCGGUGGCCGAAAUUUUCGCUCCAAUUUUGACAAGACUUACAAGGGAAGUACCCCAAGUGCGACGCUCAGAUUUUGAUGAAACUUGGCACAAAUUAAGAAUAAUUUUUUUCUAAGACAUAUGCGAGAAUCCAAGCUCGCGCUUUGCAGAAACAACCGAGAUUUUUAGAUCGAAAGUCGGCGAAAAUUUAGGCCUUUUUGCCGAAUUUCUGCAUGAAAAGUUUCAUGCCUAUUUCAACCGUAAACGAUAAUGUUCUACAAAAAAUCAAAUUUUUCCCCACGAAACUGCCAAAGUGAUGGCCAAAAGCGCUUUUCUCUCUGACCGCUCUCCACGUUUAGCGUGCUCUCUCGGCGGCAAAAAUCGUUCGAUAUCUCGAUGGCGCUUGCAAAGCGCGAGCUAAAACUUUUAGGAAUUGAUAUUUAGUCCAUCCCCGACGUGUGUGCAAAAUUUAAAGAAAAUCUGAGCGUCGCACUUGGAGUACUUCCCCUGUUAGCGAAAACUUGGACUAUCAUUUUUUAAAAGCAUUAGACAGUGUUUUAACUUGUUUUUUAAUACUAGCUCGCCCACAAAGUCGCUGGACUGAUUUUUGCGACAUGCACUGUGCGAAAACAAAAGUUCACUUUUCACUGUGCAAUUUCUUGGUUUUUGCACCGUGCAAUAGGCUUUUUUGGGUUGUCGCUAGCAUCCUGUCUUUUUUCGCACAGCGAAAGCGCUAAAAAUAAUAACUCCGGCGACUUUCCGGACGGCCCAGCAGCCCAAAUUUUUUCGCUUUGAUUUUGACAAAACUCGGCGAAAGCUGAGGUCUUAAUUUAUGUUGGAUAGAGCCGAUAACUAAUAAUUUAAUUAGCUUCCACUCUACAACCGAGAUAUCCGGGAAGCCAAGAUAUUCAACAAAGUUUUCCGAGAGAGUAUGCAAAACGCGGAGAGCGGUCGAUGAAACUUUCCGGCCAUGUUAUUUGCCAGACUUGUACGGAAAAAAUGGAUUUUUUGUGGGAAUAUUACCCUUUGCGGAAACAGUCUAGGCUCCUUUUCCUGCCAAAAUUCGCAAAAGCCGUCAUUCUUCGCUAAAUUUCGAUAAAACGUCUCCGUUGUUCCUGUAAAUGCUAGCUAGGAGGAUUGCAUGUCUUUAAAAAAAAAUGAGGAUAAAUUUGUGCUAUCUUUCAUUAGAGUUUGAGCGUCGUACUUGGAGUUAUAUAUAUAUACUUGUUCGUCCGGAAAAUCGCCGGUUUGAAAUCAGCGACUGUGUGAAAACAAAAGUUCACUUUUCACUGUGCAAUUUCUUCCUUUUUGCACCGUGCAAUAGGCUUUUUUCGGCUGUGAUGCUUUUUUUGCGCAGAAAAAAAUGCUAAAAAUCUGUUCAGUGACUUUCCGGACGGACAAGUAUGCAAAAAAUUCAUGCGCGGAUGUACUUUAUUCCUCUGGCUUGAUCGUCGGAUAGGUUGCAUAUUUUCCCGGAUAUGUGUAACAUGAAACACAUCAGUUUCCGCUGUCACAAACCCAUCCAGUUUUUCAAAGAUUGCCCUCUCUCUCUGCUUCCUUUUUUUGACAAUCUUUGAGAGCUUAUUAAUAAUUGAUCGCAAUGACAUACCCGCCGAUCCGCAUUCCUCUUCCUCUUCCCGGUCGCUUCGUUCGUCUUGAUCACGCGCUUCUUUUUCAGUUUCCGCGACACCCUCGAGUUUGUGCGCGGACGGGAAGUCGCUGCCGUUGCUGGUGGGCAAGGGCGACAUCUACGCGUGCGCUCGCGAAUGUCCCGACGGCUUCGCGUGCGAGAAGGAGGACAGUGAUGAGGUGGGCGUUUGCUGUCCCAAUCUCCAACAUCUCAGCGAGCUGUACGGCGGCGAGCACAACGAGAGCGCCAAAGUGGACUUCCAGAAGAGUGCGCAGCAGAAGAGUGGCGGCGAAAAGGAUGAGAAGGAGAUCAGGAGAGCGCCGGGAAGGGCUCAACGCGGUCAGUUUGCUUAUAAAACUUGCUUAUUUUUAUCAGUUUGUCGGGAAAAUAACCAGUACAAGGCGUAUUCUAGGCGGUGAUACGAUUUUUGAUGCGACAGAGGGCUCAUUAUUUUCCCGACAGAAUGAUUGAUUUUUGGUUUGCCAGAAAGCCUUAAUUGAAAAGAAUAAGGUGUGACAUGUUAUACGAUGAAAUUUUUUUUUCAAAUGGAAGAAAUGGGGUGUGACAUGUUAUACGAUGAUUUUUUUUCAAAUUGAAAAAAUGGGGUGUGACAUUUUAUACAAUGAAAUUUUUUUUCAAAUUGAAAAAAUGAGGUGUGACAUGUUAUACGAUAAAAUUUUUUUUUCAAAUUGAAAAGAAUAAGGUGUAACAUGUUAUACCAUGAAAUUUUUUUUUCAAGUUGGAAAAAUGAGGUGUGACCUGUCAUACGAUGGAAAUUUUUUUCAAACUGAGAAAAAUUGGGAGUGACAUCUUAAUUUAAAAAAAAAUUAUCGUAUAACAUGUCACACCCCCUUUUUUCAAUUUUCAAGCUGGGGGAGUGUUCAGGCUCAACCGUUUGAAACGGCCAAAAAAUUUGUUUUUUAACUCUUAUUACUCACAAGAAAACCCACAAAAAAAAUCCAUUUCAGUUCUCUUAAAUCAUGAACCCUCGCAUGACGUCAUUGCUCCUCCAUCAGCUUUGCCUUUACCCAUUCCCCCACCAAAUCCGGGGGUGCUAUGCGAACGUCAGAAGUUCAAGACCACCUGUGAAGUGAAAGGGUUCGUCAAGGCCACUCAAUUCGUUGUCCGUUGGUAUGUCCAGAACGGGAAAUGCCACUCGUAUCCGUACGGGUUCUGCCCCGGCACGCGCGUGGAAAACGACUUCACAUUGCGCACCAAGGACGACUGUGAGCUGCUGUGUUUGACGCCGGCGGAGUUCCGGCACUCCGACCUGUUCGACUUUUUGGCUACCGCGGACGGAGCGGUCACGCAACAGCCCGAGUUCGAGUCGUUGGACGAGCUGCCCGGAAAUGAUUUGGGGGUGGACUUGGAGGUGAAGACGGAAGUUAUUCCGUCGAAUGAUGCUGAGCAAGUCUUACAGAGUAAGUGGGGGGUUUUUGAGGGAGAAGAUAUAGGUUGGAUAAUAAGUUAUGGCCAUUUUCUUGCAAAAGUUUGAAGUCGAUUAUUUUCUAGCUAAGAAUCCUCCUUAGUUCAACAUACUUAUAGACUAAUACAGGGCUUCUCGAAGUUUCAUCUAGGGUGUAUUGCUAAGCCUUACGACACAGCCGAGAUUUUCUAUAGCUAAAAACUCGGAAGUGCCCCGAUUUUGACAGGGUACGAAGCAACUCAAGUCACGUCCCUUAUCCAAUGGCCCAGGAUUCAGCUAGCUUUACCUACAGGGUGUACCAAAAAAAUGGAAACUUGUUUUUAUAGCUAUAUUUUUUCGGAGAAUCAAAAUUCAGCAAAAGUAACGGUCAUGAUUGGUAACAUAGAGCAUGGUUUAUAACAUGUUCAACCUUUUUCACAGUGGCUGCCUUUGGUGGCGAUAUAGAGCUCCAAACGUGACGUAAAAUUUUGGGGUCCGGGCCGCAGCUUUUUAAGGGGGAAAUCGGUCCCGUUCUUGGCGCAGCAUUUACUUUGCGACUCCAAACUUUUGUGGAGCAUAGUACAGGUGCUGGCUUUCUAUUUAAAAAAAUAUAUAGUCCAUUGGAUUCAGAUCUGGCGAGCAGGCGGCCAUUUCGCAGGCGGGAUAAAAUCGGGAAAAUCAGUCCCAUUUCGGGUCCUGAGUCGAUUUUGCCUUGUGAGCCGGCGCUGAGUCCUGUUGAAACGCCAAGUUUGCAUUGCUAAGGUUCUGCUUAGCUCACGGAAGCACGACAAAAUAGAAAUUAACGCGGCGCUAGUAUUUUGUCCCAUUUAUUCACGAAAAACAUGGAAUUCUUGCCGCUGGCACAAAUUCCGCCUUAAGCAAUGACGACCCGGAUUUUGGUGGUAUUCAACGAUGGCCAACAGGCUAGGAGCCUCAUUGAAGCAGAUUCUAUCGUUCCGGUGGUUGUGUAUCCGCUAAAUAUUGAACCGCGAACUGAAUGCGCUCACGUCUCGGAGCUGCGGCCCACCCCUUUGACUUUCCGACAUUUUUGCGCUGUACGCACUUUCUCUCGACUUUAAAGAUCUGAAUUUUUUAGAGCUUGUAUGACAUGAGGUUGAGCUCGCCUUUGACUAUUCGGCCGAGCGAUCGGUCGCUGAUGUCAGUCUCAAGGGCAAGUUUUUCUUGAAAAUCGCGGAUUUUGCUGUGGGGGAUCUUUCGGUUGAAAGAAGCGCUGGCGGUGCGUUUUCUUUCACUUCCUGGGAGCUUACUAUCCGUAUCAAGCUCCUUGGGCCUCGUGAUUACUUUCGACACAACGUUCUUUCUAUACCGAGCAAAUUAACUGUUCGAACAGCUCCAAAAACAAGUCCAAAAUCGAGGUCCCUUUGUUUGAAGUUCAAAAAAGACAGGUCGAUUAAUCGACAUGGGCGUAAAAAUCAAACCACUAGGACAGAAAAACACAGAGAAUUUUGUAGUAAUAAACUUCUUUGGCUACACCUAACCAUUUUCGCGUCAGGACAAAUGAAAAAAAGUUUCCAUUUUUUUGGUACACCCUGUAAUAUCCUCUUUUUCACUGUCAUUUUGUCGGGAAAGUAAUGAGCGCAAUGCGGUCGUGUCACUGAAGAAAAAAGCAAUUUGAUUUUACCUCGAAAAAACAAUUCGUUUUUUUCUGCAGCGACGCCAGUUUGGAUGCUGUAUUGUGCUCAUUAUUUUCCCGACAGACUGGAAAAUCUAUGCACUUUUUCGCUCCAGGAAGUGCGUGUAUUUUUUUGGCCUUUUUUGCACCGCGCAGUGCAAGUUUACAGUCCCGGCGCGACGCCAUCCUUUUCGAACAUUUUUCACUGUGCAAUUUCAUUUGGUGCGCCCAAAAUUCGCGCCGACUCCGUUGAGAAAAGCUUGUGUCGCAGCGAUAUUGGCUCAUUAUUUUCCCAACAGACUGAUAUGUCAUCAAAAAAAGAAUCGUUUCAGAAUUCAAGAACCCCGAGGUUUGCGGCCGCAUUCUGCCCUUCAAAGCCAUGUGCAAACGGACCAUGAAGCCGUCCCACUACACGAUCCGAUGGGUCGCCAUCAACGGGCAUUGUGAGUCCUAUCCGUACGGCUACUGUCCCGAGGAAUACGACCCCGACGAGCUGAUCCUGAGUACGAAAGAGCAAUGCGAGGCGUUCUGCUCGCAUAAAUUGAAUGUUUUCUGA